AUGAACCAAAAGGACGUCAAGAUGGUGGAGAUUCAGGAUGCCAAUAACGACUACUUCUUCGAAGGAGCCGAGAAACUUUUGGAGAUGUGGUUCCGGAAGGAGGAUGAGCCUGAGGCCACGUCUUUGAGAAACAUUCCACGCGAGGAGAUCGUUCGAAUGCUGGAGGUCGCGCAGUGCCAUAUUCUACAUCACCAAAGCAAUGAUCAUCUCGACUCGUAUGUUCUAAGGUACGAAGAUCUUACUGGUAUCAGCAAUAACAUUAUUUAUUAACAUCAAUUUCAGCUGAUUUUCACAUGAAUUUGAUCGUGGUUAGUAUAACUUAUCUUUUAGUGAGAGCAGUCUGUUCAUUUCGGAUACCCGAUUGAUUCUGAAGACUUGUGGAGCCACUCGACUUCUUGCCGCCAUUCCUGUGAUCCUAAAAUUGGCCAAGAAGUAUGCGGGGAUGAGAAUUGUGGAGGAUGUUUAUUACUCCAGAAAGAACUUCCUGAGGCCCCAUUUACAGCCAGAACCACAUCAUAGUUUCGAGAGAGAGGUGGCCGUUCUCAGUCAUUACUUCCCGGGUAAGAAUUGGUCAAUGUAAUCCAGAUAUACAUAUAUUCAAAUUUUUUGUUUGGGUAAAUGCUACUAUAAUAUCCGAUCAAAACAUAAACUCAUUGCCUUCCAGGGGGUUCUGCCUAUUGUAUGGGUCCUCUGAACACCGACCGUUGGUAUCUUUUCACCAUGUCUCGUCGCCAAUCCCCUCCCAGUCACGCUGAUCACACUUUGGAAGUGCUGAUGACUGAGAUUCCCGAAGAAGUCCUCAAAACUUUCAGUCAGAUCGUGUGCAAGGAUGGGAAAGAGUGCACAAAGAAGUCGGGGAUUGCUCAACUCGUUCCCUAUGGCACCGAGAUCCAUGAAGAGCUCUUCGAACCGGUCGGUUACAGUAUGAAUGGACUGGUCAAGGACACGGAGCAAUACGUCACGGUGCAUGUCACUCCCGAACCCGACUUUUGUUUCGUUAGUUUUGAGACCAACCAAAGGGGACAGUGUCUUUACAAACAGACUUUGAAAGUUCUGGAUACGUUCAAGUAAGAGAGAAAACGAAAAUUAUAUUGUUCCAGGCCCAAUUCCUUCAUGCUGACUUUGUUCUCCAAUGAGGAGAGCCGUCAUGGGAAAUUGGUUCAGAAUCGCCUCUGGCAAGAGGAGAUCCCCGGCUACGAACGGAUCAGCCUUCAAUAUAUGCAUGUUGGGGUGAGAUAUAAACAAAAUUAUAUAAUGUUAAUCAUCGUGGAUGAAUAGUAUGAAAAUUUUUUGAUGCUUACUUACAGUAUGACACACUGAUCUAUGCUCAGUUCCGCAAGAAGGACAAUGGAGCCACAUUUGCACGCCUGAGACAAAAGAUUUACAGCGAAGCCAACUCGGAGAUGGACGAUGAUGACAGCAAUGGAAGUGAGGUUUAA